UAGAAAUCCACCUGUUUCUUCUAAUAGCCCCUCCCCUCCAAGACAAACUGGUAGGUCUGCACAAUUCAUUCAAAGACAUCACACUACCCAGUGAACUAAAGUCUGGAGGUUCCUCCUCUGUAUUAAAGUCUAUGGGACCCAACUCGUUCAUACCCAGGGCAUCAGACAAACAACCAGCCUAAAAAAUGGACCAUAACAUAUAUUUUUAUGACUUAAGGGGGUUUAAAAAAUACUUUUCUGCCGAUUUUCUGUGUUUCCUCGUCGAGUGUAGUCAAAAUUACAUUUAAAAGCUCGUGAGCAUCCUGUUCGCCGGCUGGUAUAACCCAGCCCAACCUUUUUAGAGCAUUUAUUACAGCCGCUGGUGCAAAACUAUCUUGCACCGACUUAUUAGUACCAUUAACAACUAAAAACAUAUUUAUGGUUUAAGCAAAAAUAUGAUGUAUAUUACCAACCUGACAACACUGUUGACAAUGUGCUCCUUAAACUAGUUUCCUUAACAUAUGUAUCUUUAUCUAGCCACUGUAAAAAUAAAGGACAAGCAGCCAAAGCGUGUAAAACAGCAUUCAAAAAGCAGGUUUUCCCCAAAUUUACUAAACCAGCCAAUCGACCACGACCUGACCCAGAACCAGUCGAAGGCCCCCAAAAAACAAAAGCACCAACCACUGCGGCAGCAGUUAAACCUGCCGCCACCAAUAUUCGUUCACCUUCCAUGCCUAAAAAUAAACCUCUAUGGAUCAGCUACAGUUUAUUAUUAAAAAAGUAUUUUGUCACCUUAAUUUAUGUUUCUUAAAGUAACAGCCAUCUAAUUAUAGUAAAAUACGAUUAUCACGUUGUAUUUUUAUGCUUCAUUCAUUGAUUUUCACAAUAUUUUCGCUCUCACAUUGUUAUUUUCUAUUAUUUAAACAUUAUUUGACAUUGAUGAUAUAUAAACGUCAAUAAUCAAAGUGGCCAACACAAUAAUAACAAAAGCUAAGACAUACGUACAUAAAAGUAAUAAUAGGCAAUCCAGAUAACAUUCAAAUGUAACAGUUGAGGUUAUGUUAUUAAUAAAAUGUUCUCAAAAAUAAUAAAAAACAUAACUUUAACAUGCAGGACGAUAAAUAUCAAACAAAUAAGGUUGUAUAGUUUAGAAAUAACGGAAAAUGUGGCGAAUACGUUUAAACCGCCGGAAAUAUGCGAUACAAAGUUGUUGAAAGUUGCUAUUAUUGGAUGUCCAAAUGCAGGAAAAAGCACAUUUAUUAACAAUUUGAUGGAUAGAAAAGUGUGUGCCACAUCUUCAAAAGUUCAUACAACAAGAAAUAAGUCUUUGGCUAUUUUUACUGUUGGCGAUUCUCAAAUUGUUUUUGUGGACACACCAGGAUUAGUAAAUGAUAGAGAAAAGAAAAAGUUCAAUUUGGAGAAAUCUUUUACGAAAGACUCAAAAUCCAGUUUAUCUGAUGCUGAUAUUAUUGGUGUAAUACACGAUGUUGCAAAUGCUUACACAAGAGAAAUUUUAGAUAUAAAAGUAAUUAGAUUGUUGGAGUUGCACAAAACAAAGCCAAGUUUUUUGGUUUUAAAUAAAGUGGAUGUUUUGAAGUCCAAAAGAAAAUUAUUGGAUAUAACAAGAGUUUUAACUGAAAAUAGUUUGGAUGGAAAAACUAUACCUGGUAAAUUUAAGAAAAUUGAAACUGAGAACAAGGGUUGGCCUUUAUUUAAGGAGAUUUUUAUGGUGUCUUCUCUAACAGGAAGUGGCAUACCUGAAGUCAGAGAUUAUCUAAUAAAAAAUGCCAAACCAAACAAAUGGAUGUUUCCAGAAGAAACAUGGACAAAUGAAACCCCAGAAAACCUAGUUUUAAAAGCAGUUCAAGCAACAUUACUCAACUUUUUACCACAGGAAAUACCAUACACACUAAAACCGGAACUGGAGUUAUUUGAACAAAACAAUUUAACAGGUGAUAUAAUUUGUUCGGUAGUGGUAAAAUGCCCUUCACAAAGAAUAGCAAAGCUAGUAGCCGGUGCAAGCGAUGGAAAAUUAAAACAAAUCACAGAAACUGUCCAACACGACUUACAACUGGCCUUCCAAAAUUUUGUAAGGAUACACAUUGUGAUGAAUUCAGAAGAAAAAGAAAAAACUUAAGUAUAAACUAGGCUUGUAAAUAAACUAAAUUAUAUUCAAUACAAGUUUUAUUAAGGUUUUAUUUGUUGAUAUGGAUAG